AUGAAAAUAGAACAUCAAGUAUCUUCAUCAUCAAUCAAUAAUCUUGCAAAAUUAAUAUCAGACCAUGAUGAUUUUUUUAAUAUAAUUAUAAAAAAUGUUCAGUCGUUGGAUAUUAACAAAGAACUAAAUGAUAAUGUUUGUUUAUAUGAUAAUGUUUAUUUAAAUGAAAGUACAAUAAAAAUCAUUCGAGAUUAUCACAAUAAGGUUUCAUUCAUGCUGAAGAUAAACGAAUCGGACUUGCAAGUGGCAUUGAAUACAUUAAUAUUAGAUUUAUUAAAUUCAUUUAAUGAUUGUACAUUAUUGAAAUAUGUCGAUACACAUAAGUUCAAGUGUAUCAAUGAAAAAUUUCGUCCUGAUUGUUGUUUUUUAUAUAAAAAUGUUAAUAUCAAUAUUAAUACAGGAGGUGAAUUUCUACAAGAUUUUAUGGUUUGUGUUGGUGAAUUUAAGAAAUCUAAUAAUUCGCCAACAGGAUCAAGUGGACAAAUACUUCCGUAUUUACAUUUAUUGUUAGAUGUACAAAAAAAUCGUAACAAGAUUUAUGGUUUUUUCGUUAAUAAUGAACAAAUAACAUUUGUCUGUGUUAAAAAAGGAUCUGAAUCGGAUUCAUAUGAUUAUUAUCAAAGUCAAAAUUUAUAUUUGUUUGGUAGUUAUUCUAAAGAAUCUGUUGAUAUGAACAUAACAGAUGAAGAAUGGAAAAAUAAAUAUUUAAAUGAAGUUACCUGGAGUAUAUUUAUAAACUUUUUAACAAUGAAUGAAAAAUUUUAUGAAUAUACAACAUUAAAUAUAGAUCCUUAUGAUAAUUUUCUUGUUAAUGAAUAUGAUAUAAAAAGUAAAUUGGGAAAUGGUUUAACUUCAAUGGUUUAUUUAUUAGUAAAAAAUGCAAAUAAUUCUUUAAAUGAUAUAAAACCAUGUGUUAUAAAAAUAUCUAAAGAUAUUUCAUAUGAAAAAUAUUUUCAAAAUGAAGUUCAAAGAACAUACGAAUUAAAACAAUUGAAUGGUUUAGAAAAAUUUAAUUUAUUUUUUCAAGAUAUUCUAAAUUUUUCACCUAAAGGUAAUAUUUGUUUAUUGAUCUUUUUGUUAACAUUUUCAACAUGUUGA